UACGAGACACGGACCUUGAUCAUCAUAAUCCAGAAUAGAAAAGAAAACAAUGAAAGACUUAGACCUAACGCGUGCAUCCUGGCGUAUAAUAGUCAUGUCAUGGAACUGAUAUCCCACCUACCUGUCCACUUUCAAGCCCGACACGUGAUUGUAUCACAACAAUCGCCCACUCCUAACCUCACCUAACUCCCCUAAUCUAAAUCGCCCUUCCAAUCCUCGAACAUCCACCCAUGUCCACCGCCAAAAUGGCGCCAAACCGCCUGCUUUCGCUCCCGCGCAAGCUCCGAGACGCCAUCUGGAAGCUCAGCCUCGCAUCAUCGGAGCCAAUCGCCCUACACAGUUGCUUCCAAAGUCCCGGCAGCGCACACAGCAAGGAAGAACACCCAGGCAAGCACAAGACGAAGGACACCCCAAGUACAGCCCUCCUGCAAACCUGCCGCGCGAUCAACACCGAAGCCACGCCAAUCCUGUACCGCAACGUCGUGUGCGUGCGUACGACGGACGAGGGGAUAGAACAAAGUGUAGAUGCGCUGCGUCAGAUGCGCGACAAGGCAGUGCUGCUCCGUCGAAUGGAUGUGUUUGUCAUGGACGAGAGCUGCCGCGAAUACAGAUCUAUAGGGGCGAGUAUUGCGCCGAUACUACACCUUGCGACUGGGUUGGUGCGGUUGGUUGUUGACUGUGACUGGAGGCAUGCGGUCAAGUUUGAGUGGAUGGAGCCGGUCGUCAUCCAUUGCUAUGCGCACUUGCCGAAUCUCUAUCGCGGGGAAUAUAUUGGUGGGUACGAGAUGUGCUUGUCGAAAUUGGAGGUCGUCAUUAGGCACAUGUAUAUUGAGGAGAGGGAGGGGCCAAUCGAUGAGGAUGUUGUGAGAAGGUGCCGCGAGACGCAUACACUCGAGACGAAGCGCAACUUGAAACGUACGUUGGCGGACUAUCGUCAUCGUCUUCGCAACGGUUUGAAGCAGGAAGUCGAAGUGAGGACUGUUAAUGAUGAGGAGGAGCAGACAAGCUUGGUUACAGCCGUGUCCUGCACGUGAAAGUUUGGGCGAUGGAUGUAACAGGAUGGAAACCUGGCCGAAACAAAGCGUCACUUCCUAGCUCUUGGCACAAGGGAUGAAGCUAUGUCCAACAAAAGUCGAUCCGAUAAAGCUUGGAUGGAGAAUUGACA